AAUGUAAAUAAAGUUAAUCCAUUCUGACCCCUGCAAAUGUGGUCAUGAACCGAUUUUGGUUGCAAACCAAGUCAGAUUUGCCCGUAAGGUAAAUAAAAAAAUAUUUACAGAAUGGAUUAACCUUAAUCACAAGAAUGUAACAAAGUACAGUACAAUAGAGAACACUAACCUAGGUGGGGGGAGGUUAUUGUUUGGAGGGAGAGUUUAAACAGUCGUGCAAUAGCAGUCAUGCUUGGGAGGGAGAUGGCUGCAAUCGUGCUCGUGCAGGGAAGAUGGGUGGGAUCGUGAUCGUCACCUGAUGCGGAGUUCACAACUUGAGGCAAUUUUUUUCUGAAAUUUCUGUGCAUGACCUGAUUUGGUCAUGAACUGAGGCGUUUGUGAGCCAAGGUGCCACUGUAUUUAAGUGCUUAUUAUUUUCAUGAACUGGAACAUGGGAGAGUGGAACAAAACAAUUUCCCACACCCAUUUUAUCUCAUUGUGCUAAAGUACUCUUUUUGCAACUGUGAUGCUGGAAGUUUGCUGAGCUGGUUUGUAAUUGCUUGAAGUAAUAUAAUGAAGGUGGUGGAGGUGAAAAGGUUAUUAUCCAUCUUCUCUCACAGGCUCUUUCUUAAUUUUUUAUGUGAAGCAGACUAAUGAAUAAAAACACAUUAUUACAAUUAGCUUAGCCCUAACACUAUCUCUGUAAUGUACUGCAUAUAUUUUGUUAAGCCUCCCAGCACAGUUGAACUUGAUUAGUACAAACCAGUUCUGAGACAUCUUUGCUGGACAUUUUGAGGGAAUUUAUUGCAGUGAACCAUCUUUCAGUUUGGAAUAGGGUGGCCAUUUUGUAUGGUAUAUAAACCCUUUUCAUGGAGGUGGUUUUAUGAGUCAAUAGUUGGGAUGUUUCAAAAAUGAGCUUAAAAUUAAAAUUUAUAUAUUCACAGAUGAACUUGAAUUCUUGAGUAUAUUCAAAUCAUUUUGCUUUGGACAAAACUGCAUGGUAGUUUUAGAGAAACAACUGGCUUGGUAACAAAUAGAGUGGUGGUUUUUGGGUUUGUUUGUUUGUUUUUUUGGGUGACUGAACUUCCAUGCUAAAGUGAGUUAUGUAUUUUAGUUAUUACCUAUAUUAUUUUCAUCUGUUUUACACCAAAAAUUUAACAGGCUUUGCUUGUAAUGCUUGGCAAUGUAUUGUAGAAACCGCAAAUGAAGGCCAGAUGUAUAAACUUGCAUAAUGUUGAAGCCACUGAUGAUAGACUGUAGGAGAACUUUAAAAAUGAAUUCCACAUAUUGUGAUUAAUUUAAAUAGCAAAAGUAUUUGAUUAAUAUAACGUUGGUACUCUGUAUUGGAUGUGAUGUGAAGCUAAACUGCAUUAUAAGCAAGGCUAGGUAAACCUGCAUGACCUAAUUACAGAUGUAUUUCUCAAAAUAGCCCCUCAGGGCUGAAAGCACAUUGCUAGUUGCAGACACAUUUAAAGGUGCCUCUUGGAGAAUAUAUCUUUAAAUAGUACUUCAUUGCCUCAUGCUUGUAUGUUCCUUACCAUGGAGGAUAUGUUUUUAAAACCCACUGAGCCUUUGGGUAAGAGCAUUUUGCUCCUUGUUGAUUGGAGAAUAAAGGAUCUUCCUCCUGCCUACUUUAGAAUUGCCUUUUAUGAGUAUGCAAAGUUUAGAGUUGAUUUGAGUGUUGAUUUCAAAUUUCAGUACUCAACUGUGUAUCAGUGCAGUAUUCACACAACACAUUAAGCUGUUAAGUUCUUUCUCUCUCCUACCCUCCAGAAAGCUGUUUAAGGACAGAACAUGUGAAUCUUAUUUGAUACCUAUUGGUAAUCAAGGUGCCUCAUCAUCUCAAAAACAAAUUUGGGCAAACUUCUGUCUCUCUAUUUGAAUGUUGUUGUUUUAAAAAAUUAAAAGAAAUGAUUCCAAUCUGUUGUAAGCUGAUGCAUUUGGAAGAGUGUGUUUUAAAAACAAAUAUAAAGGCAUUUGAACGAAACCUUUUCCACUUUAGUACAGUCUAAUAUGAAAUCGUCAGGAAGGCUAUUACCAUAUUAUUACUGCAUGUUUAAAGUAGUUCGAGGGGAACUGUGGAAGAUAAUUAAAGUCAGAUACUUAGUUUUACAUAGUGCAGUAUAGUAUGUUGUAGUAUUUUAUUACUGGGCUAGCAUAUUUGUAAAGAAUGGUAACAGUAGUAAGGAAGUCCCUAGUUCAAAUGUCACAUCAGCUACAAGCUCGGUACCUGACUUUAGGCAAACCUCAGUUCUUCCUGUACAGUACAGGGAUGUUUGUAAGCAUUAGGAUUACUGAGGUUAGAAGGUGCUUUGAAUGUUCAGAAAGCAGUAUAUAAAUAAUUAUGUUUGUUUCUGUUGUGAAGAUAAAUAUUCAAAUCUCUCUCACCUUGCUGCACAACAUAGUAAAAUAAACAACCAUAGUAAAAGUAUUUUUGGUAAAAUAUUGACUUAUUCCUGGCUGUUGAAAGAUUGGUUAAGUAACUGCUUUGUUUACGGAAAGGGUCUCCAACAUGUUUGUUAUUGUAGAAGAGGUAUGUGUAAUCAUGCUCCUUAAAAACCUUUCAACUUAGAAAGGCCUAUGGUAUAAUGUAAGACUAAGGGAGUCAAGUAUGGUGCAGAGGAGGGUAUUCUGUCAACUAGUUCUGUCAGUUUUGGCUAACAGGUCAGAUGUUACUGCAAGUACUUAGCUGCUUUUGCACUUCUGAUACGUUGUAGCAAUUUUUUUUUCUUUAUGCACUGAUGUGGAAAAAGUUAUUUCAGAUCUUUCAUUCAAAACACAUUGAGAUGGUUUAUCAGUUGUUGGAAACCAUAGCUACCUUAUUUUCCUUUGUAACAGCUUUUGGAAAAAAUGUUUUUGGAAUAUUUGGUAGUAUAAUGAUUUGAACAGGGUUGCUUUAAGGGGCAAAACAAAACAAAAAAAUAACUGAAAUCAGGCUUCUCCUGAGUAGCAUUCCCUGCCUGCCAGUAAUAUCUGGCUUCAUUCCGGUAGUCAGUAAUAUGUGACAUGGACUUGCAGCUGCUCGGAUUCAGGUCCGGAUUGGAGUGAGUUACCGACUGGUUCACAGAAGCAGUCUUUUGUGCUUUUUGAGAUUUUUCUGUAUGUAGCAUUUGUGCUCCAACAAACUGCAGUCUCUUCAGCACGUGCACUAAUAGCCAGCGUGUGGGUAUUACUUCAUAAGGAGGGAGGUGCUUUGUGGCAAAUAUUUCACACAUUGCUACGUUAUUACUGGCUGAUGUUGACAGCACAUUGCAGCCAUCUUAAUCACACUUUCAGUGCAGCUGAAACAGUGCAGUCUCAAAAUGGCUGACGAAAUGUUCUCUGGAGCAGUUUAGUCUGACUGUAUGCUAAUGAGCAAGUCUGGUGGAGUCACAUGUUACAGAAUCAGAGGUUCAAGAUGGAAAGCAAUGAAGAACCUCAAAAAAAGGUGUUUAAGGCCCGGAAAACCAUGAGAGCCAGUGACCGACAACAGCUUGAGAGUGUGUAUAAGGUGAAAGAGGAGCUUUUGAAGACAACUGAUGUCAAGCUGUUAAAUGGAAAACAUGAAAAUGGUGAUUCAGAUCUCAGUUCCUCUUUACUCAAUUCUGACUGCACUGAGGACAAAGAGGUGAAUGGCAUAGAAGAUUUAUGCCUAGACUCUGAAGAAGGAAAAAUGGACUCUGAGGAAAUCACUGAAGUCAAAAGCCCAGAUAUAGAGAACCAGGGUGGUGACCUGAAUUCCAAACUUGAAACUCCUCCUGAGAACAUUGUUUCUGAACAGAAAAAUGAGGAUGCUCACUGCACUUCAGGCCCUGUCUCUGAAAGUCAGGUGCUUAACUGUAAUAAAGACAAUGACAUCCAGGAUGAGGUCAAUGUAAAAGAUAAUUUGGAUCAUAAAAUCAUCAAAGAUGAUUUGGAUCAGAAAGCUACACUAAAGGAGCCUGAAGAGGAGAGUCAAAUAACCAGUAACAUUAAUAACUGCAUAGUAGAACCAGUAGAAACAAAAGAGUUAGCUCUUUCUUCUGAUCUGGCUGUAGAAGAAGAAAAGAAUACUGAGGAAGCUGUGGUAAAGGAGAUGAUUGGCGAGGAAACAAUAUCUAGCAGUUUGGAUAGAGAUAAUUGUCCAAAGGAUGAAGAUGUCCAGUCUACAGACCUUGUAGAUACCAGUGUUCAAAAGGCUAUUGAAGGUGAACCAGCUGAAAGCAUCUUGGGAAAUGCAGGGACCAUGGAAACAGAUGAAAUUAUUCCAAUUUUAGAAAAGCUGGCCCCAGCAGAUGAAUUAAACUGUUUUUCCAAAUCCAUCUUGGUUCCAGUGGAAAAUUCCAACUUAGAUUCAGAAGAUAAAGUUGAAAACUCAGUAAAUUCUCCAUUGAAACAUGAAAGCAGUGAAAAUUUGCCAAAAGAAGCAUUCUUGGUGCUUUCUGAUGAAGAAGAACUCUGUUGUGACAAAGAAGCUGAACUGGUAAUUCCAAACCAUGCAAGCCCUUCAGAGAAAGAAGAUGAAGAAGAGGAAAAAGAACUGGACAAAGUGGAAGAAAAGGAACACAACAAAGAGGAAGAGAAGCCUCCAGAAAGAAGUGAGGCUUCAAGAAGAAAGCGUUCCAAAUCAGAGGAUAUGGACAAUAUCCAUUCUAAACGCCGUCGAUAUAUGAGAGAAGAAUAUGAAGCAGAAUUUGAAGUAAAAAUUACAGCCAGAGGGGAUGUUCAUCAGAAGCUAGAAAAGGUUAUCCAUCAGUUUCUAGAAGAGAAAUUCAGUGCUCUCCAGUGUGCAAUUUUUGAUAAAUCUCUAGCUGAUCUGAAAACCAGAGUAGAUAAGAUUGAAUGUAGUAAAAGACACAAAACUGUCCUCACCGAAUUACAAGCUAAAAUUGCAAGAUUGACAAAACGUUUUGGAGCAGCCAGAGAGGACUCAAAGAAAAGAACAGAAAAUCUACAAAACACACCCCAUUCUCCAGGAAAAGCAAUGGGUGAUACAAGUAAUCUCAACACUGUAGCAUAUAGAAAUGCUGGCACAGUAAGACAAAUGCUGGAGUCCAAGAGAAAUGUAGGAGACACUUUUCAGUCUCCUGUGACUACAGUGUCUGCUACUACUCUUACAACUCCUCAGACACCAGUCAGUGGACAUCCCAAACCACAAACACCAGUCACGUCUGCACCAUUGACUUCGGGCACCUUGACAUCUGUUCUUCCUACAGCUAAUACAGCAACAGUAGUUGGCACUAGCCAAGUGGCUGGUGGGAACACACAGCCAAUGUCUGUUUCACUGCAGUCCUUGCCAGUAAUACUGCAUGUACCCGUUGCGAUGUCUUCCCAGCCUCAGCUUCUACAAGGACAUACUGGUACCUUGGUUACUAACCAGCAAUCAGGAAGUGUUGAAUUUAUACCUGUACAAAGCCAGUCUAAUGUUGGUAACCUAACUAAAACCCCACUGUCUUUGUCAUCAGCUAAUUCAGUGAAACCAAACAGCAGCCCUUCUGUACCCAGCUCUAGCAUUCAGAGGAACUCUCCAGCCAGUGUUGGCUGUUCAAUAGGGACAACUCUAGCUGUGCAGGCUGUCUCAACAGCACAUCCUGUUGCACAAGCCACAAGGACUACUUUAGCUACUGUAAAUACUUCAGGGGUAUAUACUCCUACUACCAAUAGGAAUUCUAUACAGAUGAAGAUCCCUUUGUCAGCCUUCAGCAAUACAGCUCCUUCCGAAGCAAACUCCACAGUUGUACCUAGAGUUGAGAGUCAGACAUCAAGAUUGCUUCCACCUCCAUUGCCACCAACAGAUAUUUCAGCAAACAAGAAAGCAUCUGAGAUUCCAUCACAGAGUGGAAAGGUUGCAGGCAGUGCUGCCGGAGGAGUAAUUGAUCUCACAUUAGAUGAUGAAGAUGAUGGCACUUCUCAAGAUGGCAAGAAACAGAACCAGUCUAACAUGUCUGGAAUGGGCCUGUCAACUCAGUCUGUAGCUCGUCCCCUGCAGCCAGUACAGACAAACCCGCUCCAACAAGCAGGUGUGCCGACAAGUGGCCUUUCACAGACCACCAUACACGUUCUCCCCACAGCCCAGACAACUGUGAAUGUAACCCAUCGUCCGAUGACUCAGGCUUCAGCCAGACUCCCAGUACCAAGAGCACCCGCUAACCAUCAAGUGGUUUAUACUACUCUUCCUGCACCAUCAGGACAGAAUCCUGUGCGGACCACUGUCAUGCAGAGCCCUAAUUUAAGACAGGUCACCCCACAGAGUUCAGGUGUGACAGUGCGAAUGCCUCAAACAACAGCAUAUGUUGUGAACAAUGGACUAACUUUGGGAUCUGGAGGGCCUCAGCUCACAGUGCAUCAUCGGCCACCUCAAGUGCAUUCAGAGCCAUUGCGGCCUGUGCACCCAGCCCCACUGCCAGAGGCCCCACAGCCAUCACGUUUGCCUCCUGAAGCUGCCAACACCUCUUUGCCUCAGAAGCCACACCUGAAGUUAGCACGUGUACAAAGUCAAAAUGGUAUAGUGCUAUCCUGGAGCGUUUUGGAAGUGGACCGAAGCUGUGCCAGCGUUGAUAGCUAUCAUCUGUAUGCAUACCACGAGGACCCCAGUGCCACUGUGCCCUCUCAAUGGAAAAAGAUUGGAGAAGUAAAGGCCCUCCCCCUGCCUAUGGCAUGCACACUUACUCAGUUUGUAUCUGGAAGCAAAUACUAUUUUGCAGUUCGUGCUAAGGACAUCUAUGGACGGUUUGGACCUUUUUGUGACCCCCAGUCAACAGAUGUGAUUGCUUCCCAAGGCAGUUAAACAUGAGACUUAGAAGACUUCCAUUUUUGCCUCACAGUUGUGGCUUACUCUGGUUUUGGGUUUAUUCUCUUGCAUGAAAUUCACUGUAAAAUCUCCUCUGCAGGAUUAUUUUGGACAGCUAUGUCAUACACUACAGAACUUAAAACCAAAACCAAAAUAAAUUCCUAGCCUGCAGUAAGAGAGCCUGAAUUUCUGAUGAAGUCCUGAAGUAUGAAUCCUCUCUUGUCCCCUCUGAAGCUGCUCCACCUAUUAAGUGAGACUCCAUGACUUAGGAAUUUGGCAUCAUGUUGAUGUGUCUCAGUGGGCUGAACAAGAAUUAUUAAUCACUGACACAAGGGUAGAUGAGGAGUGUAAAACGGUCAGGUUAGGAGGGAAGCUAAGAUUCAGGGUCUGUCAGUCUUCCUUCCAUCCUUCCUUCCUUCUUUCUUUCGGAACAGUGUCCAACCAGUCUUACCUUACAAGUGCUCACCUGCUUUCUAGAGACGAAGGACUGUUUGCAUGUCCUUGAGGAAUGUAUGGGAGUCUACUUAUACAAGUGGUAAGGAGGGGGAUGAGCAGUCCUCUGGCUAGUUUACGGAGUACUUGCCACCAAAACCAGGUGGCAGUUCUGAAGCCAGACAGAACAGGUUUGUAGAACAACGUCAUUUGCAUUUCCAGUUGCUUCCUGAUCGUCCUCUUAAGAGCCUCCUCUUUUAAACUAAUUUAAUUUGUGCCUUAAAUAAUAAUUUCACAAAUAAAUGCAAUCAUGCUUUGUAUGUUCCUCCUUCCUUUGCCCGCUUUCAUUUUUUCUGCUCUUCUUCCUAGCUCCAGAAUUUCAUAACCUUGCCUUGCAAACUUCCAAGAAAUACAGUUCCCAACCUUUCUUGAGUUAAUUCCCAAAAAAUCCAAGUUAGUUUUAAAAUUUCUUGUUCUUAUUAAUCUGUGAAGAUGGAUUAUGGUGACAUUAUUUGGCUGCAUAGUGUUCCUGGGAAGUUCUUAAGAAGUUGGGCUGCACUAUAGACCUUCCAGAAGUGAUCGUGGUGGCAUAUGGCACUUCAUUCUCCUGCCACAAAUAGACGUUUGGGUAGCCACAUAAGGCCAGCCUUUGAUUAAAGCAAUCAAUUAAAUAUUCUAAUAUAAUGUUUCAUUUUUUUAAUGGCUGAGUCAAGAAAACAGAAUAGUACUUCCUGUCAUCCCACCAAGAGUUAGUACCCACAACAAACCGCUAAAGUACCCCUGACAAUGAAAUAGAAGCAAAUUUUCCAGAGUAAAGCAGCAUAUCUAUUGUGCUUCUCAUCCAUCAUCUUUCAUGGGGAGUGGGUGGCAGUUCUUUCCACUUCAUUGUUGCAUUUUCUAAAACUUACUUUGAAACUGAUAAAGUUGAAACUGAAAUGUAUGGUGCAGAAGAGGGACAGGCUGGAGCUUGUUGAUACUGUGUAUUUUGGGAAUACAGGGUCUUAAUUCUGUUUCUGUGAGAACAUAAUAUGGAGUAAAACUCCUUAAUUUUUUGUAUAUGGUACAUCUUGUGUCCUCAUCUAUGUUACAUUCCUUUUGAAACAUGAUAUCCUUCCUGUGGAUAUUUGGCUUACCUCUCUUAAUGGUUCAAAUGAAGAAUUACCUUUGAGCCAGGUGAAUUUUGCCCUUGCUCUUUGUGCAGAAUUUUAUAGCCUCAAGUAGCAGACAGUUAAACACAUAGUUUGUUUGCCACAUUUGCUUAGCAGUGGUGCUAUCACCUUCAGAAACAAAAUUGUUUAGUUUGCUUCUCUGCUAGCAUCUUUAAAUUUAAGCAAACACAAAGACCUCUCUAGAGGAAGCACUGAUAAGACAUCUUUCCCUCAGUUUGAAACAGAUUUGGGCCACCUGUAAUUGAGUUGACUGUAAUACUAAAAAGCUAAACACAAACGCUGUCAUCGGAAAAACAUUAAAAUCUGCGUGUGGAGCAUUUUGUUAUAGAAAUAUAUUUAAAGGCAGGAGAUGGAAAACUAGGGGCUUACCACUCUGCUGUUGACCCCUAGUUUAUGUAGCCAAAGAUGUAGUUUCCUCUUUGCAUUGGGUCUUGCUGGAAAAAUGGGUCCUUCCUUUCCUGUUUCUUCUUGCAUUUGAGUAAUAAAGUCAAGCUUGAAUACAGGUGGAAAGGAUAUGUGUGUUUUAUAGGGUGUGUUGGCCCUCUUGAAUGAAACUAGAUUGUUCACAUACAGGCAGUCCCUGGGUUACGAAUGGCUUAGUUACCAACAUCCAUACUUGCAAAUAACCUGCCAUAAAGCUUAUCAAGUUAAAAAUGAGAGUUGAAGACAAGUGCCUUGUAGAAACAAACAUAGGACCUUUUGGAGUUUUAUGGAAAAUCAUCACCAUAGAGAAAGAGGAAGUGAAAGAGGAGAGGGGAAGGGCCUCCAGAGCAUACCUUCUUGCCGCACCCAUCCAGAGAGGGAAAUCCCUCUGGCACUUUCUUGGUGCAAAGAGGAGGUGCUGGUGAGUGAAAGGGAGGACAAGGAAUAAGAACAUAAGAAUGUAAUAAAUGAAGAAGGGGAGCCCUGCUGGAUCAGAACAAGGUCAAAGUGAGAGAGGGAAAAGCAAUCCAGUACACAUAUGCUCAACAGUAUUAAGAAUUAACGUUUAGCAGGGGUAGAAUGUAAAUGAUUUUUCUACUCUUGCAGGGGUCCUGUGCCCCAACCCCUGCGAAUGGGGAGGGCCGACUAUAUGGAAGUGUUUCUUGUGUUUUAUGUGCACAGAAAGGUAAAAUACAUAUACCAAGACAAACCUUUGGCUUACUCAUGCUAGCUAUAUAUACGAUCUGAUUUACAUACAAAUUCAACUUAACAACAUUUUUAAAAAUGGAACUCAUUCAUAACCUGGGGACUGCCUGUGUUUUAAACCAGAAAUAGUGGACCCAUAGUCUUCCAGAUGUUGGAUUGCAGCUCCAGUCAGCCUCAGCCAGUAUGGCUGUCAAUUGUGGGAGUUGUAGUCUAGCAACAUCAGAAGGGCAACAGAUUCAUCACUCCUGUUACUUACAUGGCAGUAAGAUGUCAUUCAAAAGUCUUGCACAAUGCUGCAGAUAAACUUUCCUUAAAUAUACCCCUCACCCACCUAUCUCCCAAAAGUGAAUCCUGCUUUGGGAGAACUAUGUGCUUCAUUCAUCUUGUCCCAAGAGAGGGAAAAUAUUAGCAACUAACAUUUUAUUGUUCUGUUUCCAUGGUUAUAUGAUAAUUCCUCAUUUGGUCACACAAACUUGUGAUAGGUGCUAACUGCAGUUUUUGUUAGGUUAGAUCCAACCAGUGUACUUAAUGGCAUAGUUUCAUAUUAAGAUUUGUGAACUGAAAGUGGUAGUGGAGGACAGAGGGGAACCACACUUAAGGAGCAGACUGGAUAUGCCUGACUAAUCAUGUCAUUCAACAGAGAAGGGAAGGCAGAAAUAAGUGCUUGGAGUGAGUUGUAAGCAGGAAGGAGCUCCCAUUUUGGCACCUUAUAGCCUUGCAUUCCUUUGCUUUUUGCUCCAAAGAUCUUAAGUUACAGAUUUGAGCAUCUGCUUACAACAGAUAUUUGAAAGUUUCCUUUUAAUCAAAGUAUUAUAAAUUAAACUAGAUUGCACAAUACCCAACUGCAGUAAUGUUGGAUUUUUACUACUCAUUGAGAAAUUAUGCAUCCCACUUAGAACAUUAUUGAUUAGACGGAGAAGAUAUUUUCUAAAGACCUUAAGACAGAGGGGGCAAGAUGGAUUUUCAUUGUCGGCAUUGCAUUAUGUCAGUAUUCUUUUCCCCUUGCUUAUUGCAGUAUAUGGCUGGCCCAUCCUCAAUUCUAGUUUUCACUGCUAUUAAAUGUGAAACCGAAGUAUCUUUUUUCAUAUGUAUUUCAUCAAUGAUCUGCUUUUUGUCUUUAAUACUUGAGAAUCCAUCUUCAGGUGUAAGGGUAAGCAGCCUGGUGCCCUCUAUAUGUUUUGGAUUGUAGUUCUCAUUCUCCUUGACCAUUAGCCAUGCUGGGCUUAAUGAGAAUUGUCCAAAAUGUCAGGUUACCUACUCCUAUAUUUGGUUCAGUUUCAGAGGAAAGGCUAAGUGAAAGGUGUUCACUGUAUAAAGGGGUAGGACAAUAGUGGCUAAAUUCCUGUGAACCCCUUAGGGUAACUUGCUCAUUAUCAUCUUUGAUCAUAGCUAGAAAGCCUUUUCAGGUAAAACCUCAACAGUUGGUGGGUUGGAGACUUGGAAAGGACAGGGGAUACAAUACACACUUUCUUUACUGGAAACUUGAUGACAGAAGAUGGUAUCCUCAAGUGUGCCAGCAAAUGUUCUAAGAAUAUAUAAAAAUUGAGAUUUUGCUGAAGUUCACCAUUUUUGCAGCAGUGCUUCUGAAGGUAUCUAUUGCAAGAAAAAGGACUCGAGCAAAGUGGUGACAAAGCUAUUGAUGCCUGUGGGAGUAAAGAGGGAAGCUACCAUAAUUAAGAAUAUAAGUUGUAACGCAAUAAAUCACAUUGGUUCACACUUUUGUUUAAGACUCUUUACCUAAAUGGUUUGUGACCAUAUAAGGCCAGUGUGUCAGUAGCUUUGUUCCUUGAACAUCCAUAUCACAGUAUUAGCUAGAAGAGCUACAACCACACUACAAAAUCAGUUUGUCCUAAGCAAUGGUUCAACCUUAGAAUUCCCACAGUAUUUUCAUUCAGUCCAUGAUAAAAAUAACCAGUUUUUGAAAAAUGAAAGCUUGAUAGAUUAAUGAUCCUUUUUUGCGUUUGGGUUCUGUGAAAACUGGUACCAGUGUUUGGCAAUACAGAGGAUGGCCAUCUGGUUCUUCCACAAACAGGCUAUCCCAUCCUUCCUAUCCAGUAUCCAGUUUUGUUGAGGAGAGUAAUAUGUACAAGUAGAUAAGAAUACAAAUCAAGAUGUGUUCUUUUUAUCAUUGGAUCUAAUCAAUACUUUGAAGCACAUAGACUGGUUUCUUACCUUACUGUGCUGGCGUUUCCUGUUUGAAAACAUUUUAAGUGCUGUUUAAGUUUUAUCUGUAAAUAAAAUAACUGGACAGCCAAACCUUGGGGUACUUGUUGAACUUCAAUAACUUAUCCACUGGCAAAUAAAUUGCUACAAAACCCUUUAUAUAAACUUGCACUCCUUUUUCUUCUGCAGAUAAACGUGUAAAUAAGAUAAUGUAGGGCAUACCAAAAAGUCCAAUUUAAGCAGGGCAAUGGCAAGUUCUCCCUAACUUUUGUAUGCAUUGUAGAUUAGUGUCUGUAUACGUGUUAAUUGUAGUGGGGUUUUGUCUGACAAGCUUGAGAUUUAUACUUUGAAAUAAACUAUUGGGUUUUUCA